AUGGAAAUAACCCAACAUGCAAAAUAUACUUGUGCUUUUUGUGGAAAGGACACGGUGAAAAGAAAAGCAGUAGGAAUUUGGAAUUGUAGUGCGUGUAAAAAAGUAUUAGCAGGUGGGGCAUGGACUGUAUCAACAACAACUGCUGCUACUGUUCGUUCUACUGUUCGUCGUCUUCGUGAAUUGAUGGAAUCUUAA